GUCGACUACGAAGAGGCGGGCGAGAUCGUCGCGAGAGGGUCGAAGGCGUCUGUCCUGAUGGCGCCGUGGGCGAGGUGGAACGUAAUCAACUGCAAGACGGGGCCCUCGCAGGGGGUCGCGAUGCCGUUGGCGUCGCGGGUCGGCAAGACGAGCAGUGCUGCGUGGGCUGCGUGCGACCCGACCUUGAGGGGCCAAGUCAUCAAUGUCGGUGGCGAAGAGCGGAUCGUCGCCAAGCCUGUCAAAGAGCUGACCUGGACGGGGCAUCCUGGGCUGAGCGCGGCGAGCAGGGGCAAGGCGUCGACGGCUUCGGAGCGACCCAUUGCUCGACGCGAACUAGAGGCUGAGGAUGCGAAGAGAUCGGCGCCAGUCAAAGGCAAUAUGCCCAUGAAGAAGAAGAAGCCGAGCAAGAAUACCGACCUGUUCGACUGGCUGAAGAGCGGGGUGAUGCACGCGUUCAGUUCUUUUUGGCUGCGGUGCUCUGCAGGGGGCUCCGUGGCGCCCCUGCUCUGGAGGGCGUGGAAGUUCGUCGGCUCGGGUUCGGUGCUGCGGGCGGUGUGCGACUCCGUCCUGGCGGCGGGGGAGUCGUCGGAGGGCGAGCGCGAUUGGCGCGAGGAGGCCGAGGAGAUGUACGAGUAA